AUGAACUUCUUUAGCAGUUCAACGUCACGCCUCAUUAUCCCACGUUGGAAACGACCGGGUACACAAGCAGUUCAACAUGACACACUAUCAACCAAUUGUAAGUAUGCGAGCACUGAAGGGCGCUUUUCAAUUAUUGAUAAAAGACAUAAAGAAUCAGCGAGUAUGGAGUCAUCGGAUUCAUCAUCUGACGAUGAAUUAGAUUUGAAGGACAAAAAAACAAUCUUCACCGGAACCAGAUACGACCACUAUGUUUCAUUCCGGUCAUCAACAGCAACCACUGCAUCUUCACAGCAGCAAUCACAAUCCGGGCUUAAGAAGGGUAAGCAGAUGAAUGGAUCACGCUUCAGAAUUGUCCCCGUGGAGUCAUGUUAUGAACGUGGUCGUUGGGCAUGCUGCGAUUUCUAUAACACGGAACCCGCUAAGCAGCAACGUGAGCGCCGUACUUCGCCACUACCGCUAUUCAGCAGCUCGAGUAGCAGUUUACCCACAAAAUCCUUCAAAAGUACCUGUAAGUCGUCGAUGGUUUCGCCGACCGAUAAUGUGCCGCAUACAGCUCCUCCAAGUGAUCAGCAGUUUACAACCUUCUUGUUUGACUUCUUUGAUGAAUCCGAUACUGGUAAUCAUCUUCCAACGAAAGCACAUGGUAAUUACAGCAGAACUCAACAGUUAUCAUCAAAUCAUUUGAUAUCACAAAAAAAAGCCGUUAAAAUUUUAUUGGAAAACAACGCAGACAAUGAAAAUAAACCAAAAUCAAAUGUAAUGGAGACUGGACUGGCAUUGAGUGGACGUAUGACACCGGUGGAAAUGUUGAACAACUUUGGAUUAGAACGAUCGUUGACAGCAACGUAUAGUGAUAGUCGAUCCAUACUGGAACUAUUGCCUGGAACAAUAUCACCAAUUGGAAAUUCAAAAUUGCUGAAAUCAAAUGAACCGAUCGAAUGUGAAAAGGUCGAGAGGCAUGUUUUUCAUAUUAUCAUACCUUAA